UUCAAAGAAAAUGGAUGCUAGCGUGGAAAAGCCCAUUCUGGCUAAAAAUGCGGAAGCGGAAGGUGCAAAGGACUCCAGCGAUUCAGAAAAUGACGAUUUACAUUUUUCCGCACUGGAAGCAGUAAAAAGAGGCCUUCAUUCAGUGAAAGUUGUAAAAAAUGAUGCCACAAAGUUGCAACGUGAAUUAGAGGGAGAGUUGUUUGAAAAAUGGCACGAAGGCUGUGAAGUUAUGAAAACAACAAAAGUACCCCAGAGCAAGAUACUUCCGUUUCUCGAUCACCUCGAGAAAAGUUAUGAAGGUAUCACUCCAGAUAUCAGGCAAAAGAUGGAGGGAAUCCUUUUCUCGGAUGAAGCAUGGGAGUAUAAAAUAAUGGAGUGGAAAUUCAACCAGGGUGCUAAUUCGUCAGCACGAUACGGAAUGAUGGCACUUGGGAGAUCCCCAGAUUUGAAGUACAUUGACUGCAUGUAUGUCCUCUACAAAAUGGACUUCAAGAUAGCUCCAGAGGAAAUCGUAACUGAAAAAACGGAUUCGUGGUUAUGGGGAUUGGUGUCAUGGACCACCGAGGAAAGGGAAUGUAAGGAACGAAACCUGGGAUCAAAAUCAGUCAAGGCUUUGCAGAAUUUCUUCAGACUGAAAGCGCUCGAAGGAUUCUACAAAGAAGGGCUGAUAGAGAGCAUCAACUAUGUUCCGAGUAUCGAGGAGAUCCCAGACACUGAAACCGAUAAUAAAUAAAAAAAAACUAAAGAUUUCUUUAUAUUUUGAAAGUUUAUAGUGUAGUCUGCAAUUUCAUUUUCAUUAUCAAACCAAAAAUGAUUUUAAAAAAGAAGAGAUC